AUGGCCGCACCCACAAGAUCAGCGAUGCGCAUCCUGUCACCUCGAAUUCAUAGCACCCGCCAAACCACCCCAAGCCCCAUCACCCACCAGAUCCGACGACUUUCCUCCCGCUACAGCAACCCAGCAAAACGAGGCUUCGCCGCAGCGCCUGCGCAGUCACCAUCUUUCCUGGGGAGUGCCAGCGAAAAUGCCGGCGAAGGCUCAGAACAGCUGCGCGACCCUCACAAAGCAUGGGAGGCGAAGCGACAGUACCACCUUGGGCGCAUGCGGUUUGCGGGCAUGGGCUUACUACUGAGCAUUGCUGGUCUAGCGCUGGUGAUAUCGAACAUCGAUCUGGACAGUCUGGAGCAAGCAGAGCAGAAGCGGAAGAGCGGGCAGCAGAUGGACGCCCCAGACGACGCCAACGCCCAAUUUCAAGGCAAAGAGGUGCAUGUCAUAGGCGCAGGAGAUGGCAAGAGGAUAGUAGCGCAGGGAGCUGGUGCAGACAUCGAGCUUGUUGAGACGGGGACGAGCAGUGUACCGCAUUUCCCGAAGACCAUCUUCCUUCCCACAGACCCCAACUCGAAGAGCGCGGUAGCAGCGCAGCCCAACUCGCCUGGCAACCCAGGCAACAUUGACAACCAAGAAGAGUAUACUCUCGUCGGCCUCGGCAUCCGCACGGUCAUGUGGAUCCAGGUCUACGUCGUGGGCUUCUACAUCCGCAGCAAGGACAUCAGCACACUACAAGAGAAGCUCAUCCACUACGUCAACCCGAUCGCCUCGACUUUAGUACCAGCAGAAAAGGAGGAUCUACGGAAGAAGCUCGUGGACCCAGCCGCGAGCAGGGAGAUCUGGACACAACUGAUGGAGGUCCCCGGCAUCAAGACCGCGUGGCGCGUCUCACCCACCCGCAACACAGAUUUCAGCCAUCUGCGAGACGGGUUCGUGACGGGCAUCCAGAAGCGCACGCAGGAAGCGAAACAACUGGCUGGUUCGGCAGGACCUUCAGAAUACGACGCCGAGGACUUUGGCAAGUCAAUCCAAGACUUCAAGGGCAUCUUCGCAGGAGGCAAGGCUCCCAAGGGCUCGAUCUUGAUCAUGGCGCGGGAUCGGGAGGGUGGACUCGACGUUCUGUACGAGCCGAAGCCGGAGGAGGGAAAGAGGAAAGAGAUGGAGGUGCUAGGACGUGUGGAGGAUGAGAGGAUCAGUCGAUUGAUAUGGCUGGGAUAUCUGGGUGGCGAGAAAGUCAGCUCGGAGGCGGCGAGGAAGGGGGUUGUGGAGGGAUGUGUGGAGUUUGCCGGACGGCCUAUUGGAAGUGCGGAGACAAUGGUGGCGUAG